ACCUAUUUUCAUUUUAUUUCUAGAUGAUUGGAAGGAAGGGAUAUAAUGCAUAAAUUAUAAGUGACAUCAUGUGACCCUUAACAAAUUAGUCAUAUGUUUCACAUCCAAAGGAAGCAUACUUAACUGGAUAAGCUGUAUCCCCUAUUCCAGUAUGGUGCUCUUUAUCACUUAGAUAAUUUUGGAAUGUUUCUGUGAUACAUUCCUUUGAAUACCAUUAAUGACAGCUCUGUCUACUGAAGAUGGAAUUAAUUUUUUAAUUAAUUUAAUUAGUUUAGAUCUAAGUGGGGAUAAAUAAGGUUGGUGUUCUUACCAGGAAAUGCCAUUUUUAAUCCCAAUUAAAAUGGGUAACAAUUGGCUAGUGAAGCCAGUUUUCUUACGUGGCGUAUUGGAGAGGUAUUUGUUGUUUUUUGGUUUUUUAAAUUUGUUUGUUUAUUUUGAGAGACAGUGAGCAGGGUAGGGUCAGAGAGGGAGGGAGAAAGAGGGAAUUCCAAGCAGACUCUGCUUUGUCAGUGCGGACAUGGGACUUGAACUCACGAAGCCUGAGAUCAUGACCUGAGUGGAAAUCAAGAGUUGGACACUUAACCAACUGAGCCACCCAGGUGCCCCUGUAUUGGAGAGAUCUAAAGCAGAACCCAAAAGCAUUUUGAGAAUUAGUAGUAUUACUUUAUGUGUGCCUAACAUCGUUGCUUUGAAGGAACUUUUAAAUGCUCAUUCUAGAAUAUUAACUACAAAAAGUUAUUCAUAGCUUCGUAUAAGGGUGGACAUUAUUUGGUAUUUCUCUCCACAGUCCUUGGAAAAAAGGGGUUAAUUAUUAUGCUCAUAUUUCCUUCUAUCUAUAGGUAGAGAUUGAUUGAUACUAAUUUUGAAUAUAAUUCAACAUUUUAAGAAUGCUUGAAAUGGCAUUGCCAUUUGGAGUAUGGAAAAAUGCAAUUGAUUAAUCCAUUUAACAGGGUGGAAGAUGUCUAUGGAUGUGACAUUUCUGGGUACGGGUGCAGCAUACCCAUCCCCAACCCGGGGUGCCUCUGCUCUGGUCCUUCGGUGUGAGGGCGAGUGCUGGCUCUUUGACUGUGGGGAGGGAACUCAGACACAGCUGAUGAAAAGCCAACUUAAAGCAGGGAGAAUUACCAAGAUUUUCAUCACACAUCUUCAUGGAGACCAUUUCUUUGGCCUUCCUGGCCUCCUCUGCACAAUCAGCCUGCAGAGUGGCUCUGUGGUUACCAAACAGCCUAUUGAAAUCUAUGGCCCUGCCGGGCUUCGGGACUUUAUCUGGAGAACCAUGGAACUCUCUCACACAGAGCUGGUCUUCCCUUACGUGGUCCAUGAGCUGGUGCCUACAGCAGAUCAGUGUCCAACAGAAGAACUAAAAGAAUUUACGCACGUGAAUAAAACAGACAGUCUUCCCAAAGAGGGACAAGGAAGAACUAUCCUACUAGACUCAGAAGAAAACUCAUACCUUCUGGUUGAUGAUGAACAGUUUGUUGUAAAAGCAUUUCGCCUCUUUCACCGAAUUCCCUCCUUUGGGUUUUCAGUCGUAGAGAAGAAACGACCAGGUAAACUCAAUGCACAGAAACUGAAAGACCUCGGUGUUCCGCCAGGUCCUGCCUAUGGGAAGCUGAAAAAUGGAAUUUCUGUUGUUCUGGAAAAUGGAGUUACAAUUUCUCCCCAAGAUGUCUUAAAAAAGCCUAUUGUUGGAAGAAAAAUCUGCAUUUUGGGUGACUGUUCUGGGGUUGUGGGUGAUGGAGGAGUGAAGCUGUGCUUUGAAGCAGACCUGUUGAUCCAUGAAGCGACCCUAGAUGAUGCCCAGAUGGACAAAGCAAAGGAGCACGGCCACAGCACACCACAGAUGGCAGCAGCAUUUGCAAAGUUGUGCCAAGCAAAGAGGCUAGUUCUGACUCACUUCAGUCAGAGGUACAAGCCAGUUGCCUUGGCCAGAGAAGGAGAAACAGAUGGGAUUGUAGAACUGAAAAAGCAAGCCGAAUCAGUGUUAGAUCUCCAAGAAGUGACUCUAGCAGAAGACUUUAUGGUGAUUGGCAUUCCGAUCAAGAAAUGAAACCCAGGUUCUGGAUACAUACUGAGAUGUCUGUGAAUAUGUUCCUGAGCCAACAGCCAAGUUGGUUGUUGUAGUUGGUGGUUGUGCUUCUAGUUUUGGUCUGAAAUUAUUUGGGUCCUAACCACCCUAAAAAAGGAUAGAGCUGCAUUGCUGAGCUGAUUCAGCAGUGACAGGGAGCAAGUUUUUGGAUAAUAAAUCAUUUUAAAAAGAAAAAAACCAGCAUCCUUCUUAAAGCCCAAAUUUGACAAAACGAUAACCUGUUCAGGUAUACUUUUUGUUCUGUGGCUGCUGCCUCAGGUGUAAGCCAGUACCCCCAUGCAAUCCUGGGCUUAGCUUCUGCCCAGGUUUAUCGCUGUUGUUGGCACAGUAUAUAGUUAUUGGCCCUUUGGGCUAAAAAUGGUAUUUUGGCAGUUUGUUGAAUCUGUUCAUAUUAUUAACAGAAUACAGAGAAAUGUAAUGAGACAUUGGACAUGCAGGAUUUAAGGUAGCAUAUUAAAUCUGUAUUUGUUUGCUGGAAUACUGAAUGCAGGAUCAAGGUAGGUGUUUAUCUUCAGUCAUUGUUCUAUGGAACUUUCUGCUUUGCUGUAAACCUGUGGGUCUCGGCUGGGGGUGAUACCACUCCCUUAGAAAUUAUGGGGAUGUUUCUUGUCAAAAUGACUCGGGGGCUGGAGAGGGGUACUACUAGAAUUUAGUCAGUAGGGACCAGGGAUGCUAGAUACUAAAAAAUUUGAGUCCUGUACAGUGAAAAAUUAUCUCCCCCCAAAAUGCAAAUCUCAGGCCUUUUGAAAUACACAGCAAGUUAAAACCUAUACUCCCAAUGUAAAUAUACUUUAUCAAAAUUAGUGAUGUGAAUUGAACUACUGGGUAAGUCAAAUUCUGCAGCAAGCAUUAAAAACCUAGCUACAUGAAGGUAUGGGGAUUGGAAUGUUAUAUCAAAUAUUAUUUGACAGAAAUGAGCCAUGAACUGGAACUUAUGAAUCUGGAGGUAAAGAAAUGAUAUCUAUUAAACCGAAGUUUAAUUUAUGUGUCCUUAUUAAUUAAUAAUUCUUUGAGCACAGUUUCAAUAAGCUAGCUUUUCUUCCUUCUUCCUUCUAUCUGCUAUGGGGUUAUCUCUGACUCAUUUGACAGUGUUUCUCAAAAUGGGUUACAUGGAAAGCUAGUCUCAAGCAUAGAUUCAUUCAGAAGGAUUUCCUAAUCACAUUAGUUUGGGGAACACUAUGUUGUGUGUCCCUCUGGAGGUGUUCUAGUUCUCGUCAAUAUAUUAAAAACAGUACUGCUUGAGUGAUAACAAACCAGUCUUUGGUGCCAGAAAGACUGAUUUCAGAGUCCAAUUCUGUACCUUAUGGUGGUACCUUUGUGGCCUGGUGCAGAUUACUUACUCCCUGUCAGCUUCAGCUUGCCCUUGCCUUUUCCUUUUCCUUUUCCUUUUCCUUUUCCUUUUCCUUUCCAUUUAUUUUGAGAGAGGGAGCGUGAGAACGGGGAAGGGGCAGAGAGAGAGGAGAGAGAGAAAAUCCCACGUAGGCUGCCCGUUGCCAGCGCAGAGCCCGACGCAGGGCUCGAACCCGUGAACCGUUAGAUCAUAACCUGAGCCAAAAUCAAGAGUUGGAUGCCUGACUGACUGAGCCCCCCAGGUACCCCUUGCUCAUUCUACACUAGGAAAAAUAAUGAGACCUACUGUGUAGGAUUGCUGUGAAGACUAGGAGGAACAUAGCAUAAAAGGAACAUAGCACAUGGCUUAAAGGUUGAGAAGUCCUGCAGUAGAGGGGCCUGCCAUCUGUUUUGGACCCCUUUCUCAGUCCUGUUUCACCACAUACCAUCUAUGAACAUGCAGGAACCUAGAGAAUUUCAUAGUACACAUAUUUACAAAUUCCGUCAUGGUAUAUACUGUUAAAUCCCUUUAGGUUCUUUCUGGGACUUCUCUCACAAAAACUUUUGACUGCUGAUUCUACCCUACUCUAGGCUCCCGGGCCACCAAAGUUUGACCAGCCUAGCAUAUCUUGGUUUCCGAACUCAGUUAAAACAAGCAUUUAUUAGACACCUAAUGUGUGCCCAACCCUGUACACCACGGACUGGUUGGUAAUACUCCUGGGGCUCUUGAGGUUAAAGACUGUAGCUUAAUCACCUCUGCAUUCUUGGAAUUACCCACUCAUAAGCACUCGAAAGUGUUUAUUGAAUGAAAUGAGGCCUUCAUAUCAUGACUGCAUAAACUAUAUGGCCUAAUGUUGAGGACCUGUGCUGAGCCCAUUUCAUUAUUGCAUUUGUCUAAAAAAAUUUGGCCACCUGUUUGGUUGUGCUCUGUUCAACUGAGUACCAACUAAGUGCCGGGCUUUACCGUGUUAGAACCACAUAAGUGAAUAUAAGACACAAUUUCAGGCUCAAUGUCUGGUGGUAGAGACUACUAGUAAACAAAAGUAAAUAUACAAUUCCUUCUCAGAUUCUAAUUUUGUAGCCUGGCACUCAAUUUUGUUUUUCUUAAGUGUUAAUUUGGUAGCUGAUUUGAGCUGUGCCCUUAGAAUCAGACCCUAUUAAUGUAUGUGGUCUAAGUCAUCAGAGACCAUAGGAAUGUAAGAUUGAUCAAACAUAGAGUGUCAGUCCAUAGUGAGAAUUCUUGGGCUCUUUCCUGGCCUAAAUUUUUUUUUUUUAAGUUUAUUUAUUUUUUUAUUUUGAGAGAGAGAGGAGAGAGAAUCCCAAACAGGCUCUGCACUAUCAGUGCAGAGCCCAAUGCGAGGCUCAAACUCAUGAACCACGAGAUCAUGAGCCGAAAUCAAGAGUCAGACGCUUAACUGGCUGAGCCACCCUGGUGCCCCUAGUUUUUUUCUUAAUGGUAGGACACAUCCUAAGAAUUUGUGGAGCUAGAAUUAAGAAUGAAGAUUAUACUGGACUUCCCAGAGCCUAUAAUAUGCUCAUGGUUGUAUGACUCUAAGAGAGGAUUAGAAUAUGUAUCGUGCCCCAAAGUUAUUUGAUCACUGAAUCCUUUUUGCCAAGGAACAUCUUGGAGCACAGGAAAAUACUGUUUCUUAAUACUUUUCAAAAUUAUUAUAUUUAUGUUUUUUACCUGCACUAUUUAUUGAGUUAAUGAAUUUCGUAUUUACACUUAGUAUUUUUUUGUCCUAAACUAUUUUUUUCAUUUAUUAUUAUUAUUAUUAUUAUUAUUAUUAAUUUAUAUCCAAGUUAGCAUAUAGUGCAAUAAUGAUUCCAGGAAUAGAAUCCAGUGAUUCAUCCCCUAUGUAUAACACCCAGUGCUCAUUCCAAAAAGUGCCCUCCUCAAUGCCCCUUGCCCAUUUAGCCCAUCUCCCGCCCACCCAAAACCUCUCAAUCAACCUUCAGUUUGUUCUUUCUAAACUGACAUUCUGUCAGGAAUCUAUAGGUACCUGCUUGCUUUAAAUUUUAAAAAUGCACUUUCCAAUUCUCAAAAGGUGUUUAGACUUGCCCAAAUAGACCCCAAAUCUGUUCUGUUUUUCUAAUACUCAUGCUUCAUUAAUAUACUUUUAAUGAGCUUUUAAUUACAAAAGCAGCAUAUGCUUGGCAGAUAAUUUUUUUAAAGAAUUCCAGGAAGAAGAUUACUCAUAAUUCUGUCACCCAGAAAGCACCUACUUCUCAUUCACUGGUGUUCAAAUGGAGGUGUGAAUCAGUAUCAAUCAAGGUAGGCCGUAGGUGAACAAGGCAGUACAUAGGUGGACAAGGCAGGAUAUAGGCAGACAAGGUAGUACGUGGGUGGACAAGGGUAUGUAGGUAGGCAGAAGUCCUAGGGCUGUGAUGCCAAAGCCUCUAAUUCAGUAAGUCUGGAGUGGAACCCAAGGAUUUGCACUUCUAGCAAGCCCUCUAAGAUACAUGGAUGUCUGACCAUAGUGGGAGAAAAAGCUCUUUUUCUAUGCACUAAAAGAAAGAAAGAAAAAAAAAAUGGAGUGUGUGUAGAUAUUUUAUAUAUAUUUAAACAUACUAUGUUUGGGGCGCCUGGGUGGCUCAGUCGGUUAAGCAGCUGACUUUGGCUCAGGUCAUGAUCUCACGGUCCGUGAGUUUGAGCCCCGCGUCAGGCUCUGUGCUGAGAGCUCAGAGCCUGGAGCCUGUUUCAGAUUCUGUGUCUCCCUCUCUCUGACCCUCCCCCGUUCAUGCUCUGUCUCUCUCUGUCUCAAAAAUAAAUAAACGUUAAAAAAAAAAAAAUUUAAACAUACUAUGUUUAUGUAUGUGUGUAUGUUUUUACAUGUAGGUUGACUUCAACUGUUUUUCUAAUUUCACAUUACGAGCAUUGUCCCAUGAUGUUAACUGUUCUUUGAAAGCAUGAAUUUAAUGAUUAUAAUAUUCCAUUCUAUAGAUGUAACAUAAUUUAACCUAUUUCCUAUUUGGGGGGCAUUGAGAUUCUUUUCCAUUAUGUAUAAAUAAUACCAUCAUGAAGAUUCUUUGGUGUCAAUCUUUGUAUCUUUGAAUAUUUCCUUAGGAUUGAUUGACUUAUUGGAAGGCCAAAACCUCUGACUGUUGUUUUAGACUCUGCAUAGGAAUCACCCACCUGUUUUCUAGCUCACAGCAGUGUGAGAGAGGCCUAUUUUGCUAGUCAGUGGGUGGAUUAUACAGCGCCCCAGUUAAUGACUUUUCUAACACUUCUCUUCCAGGAUAUUUGUCUUGUAAAGAUUAUUUUUGCCUCCUAGUGCAAAUAGCUUUAUUAUGUCUUUCAACUAGCAUGUAUAAUUCAACUAUAAUUUCCUUGACUAUUCUUAUGCCAACUUAAAAAAAUUGAACAGUUUUUACUUAAUGGGGUAUGAGUCCUUCCUGCUUUAAGUGUGUUCAUGACCGAUGUACAGGGAAGGUACUUUUGUCUUCGCAAUGUACUUGUUUUGUCCUUACUGAUUGAUGGAUUUUCAAGUAAUGAAUGAGUCAAUAUUUUUUCUUAUUUGGGAAGAAUAAAAAGAAAAUGUUGGUAA